UCACCAGCUACUUCCAAAGACACGCCGAGGUUCUAACAGAGCUGGAGAGGGCUACGAAGCACUGUAAGAAGUUGGAGGCGGUCUACAAGGAGUUCGAGCGGCAGAAGGUGUGCUAUCUGCCUCUCAACGCGUUCCUGCUGAAGCCCACCCAGCGGCUGCUGCACUACCGCCUGCUGCUGCGCCGCCUGUGCCGACACUACAGCCCCGGGCACCACGACUACGCCGACUGCCACGACGCCCUGAAGGCCAUCACAGAGGUGACCACCACACUGCAGCAGAUUCUCAUGCGGCUGGAGAACCUGCAGAAGCUGACGGAGCUGCAGCGGGACCUGGUGGGCGUGGAGAACCUCAUUGUUCCUGGCAGGGAGUUCAUCCGUGAGGGCUGCCUUCACAAGCUCACCAAGAAGGGCCUGCAGCAGAGGAUGUUCUUUCUGUUCUCAGACAUGUUGCUGUAUACAAGCAAAGGACUCGCAGGGACCAGCCACUUCCGGAUCCGGGGCCUCCUCCCGCUCCGAGGCAUGCUGCUAAUAGUACUGGACCCCCCGGUGGAAGAAACUGAGAAUGAGUGGUCCGUUCCACACUGUUUCACCAUCUAUGCAGCUCAGAAGACAAUCGUGGUGGCAGCCAGCACUCGGCUGGAGAAGGAGAAGUGGAUGCUGGACCUGAACGCCGCGAUCCAAGCAGCCAAGAGUGGUGGUGACACAGCCCCUGCCCUGCCCGGCAGCGCCGUGUACACUCGUCCCCCCAGAUCCCCAAACGAGGUACCUCUGGAGCAGGAGUCAGAAGAGGACGCUCGGGGCGCCCGCAGCUCCCUGGAAGGGCCAGGCCAGCACCGGGCCAACACCACAGUGCACGUGUGCUGGUACCGGAACACCAGCGUGUCCAGGGCGGACCACAGUGCAGCGGUCGAGAACCAGCUCUCAGGAUAUCUGCUAAGAAAGUUCAAAAACAGCCAUGGCUGGCAGAAGCUCUGGGUCGUCUUCACCAACUUCUGUUUGUUCUUCUACAAAACUCAUCAGGACGACUACCCACUGGCCAGCCUCCCGCUGCUGGGCUACAGCGUUAGUGUCCCCAGGGAGGCCGAUGGCAUACACAAAGACUAUGUUUUCAAGCUCCAGUUCAAAUCCCACGUCUACUUCUUCCGGGCUGAGAGCAAGUACACAUUUGAAAGGUGGAUGGAGGUGAUCGAGGGGGCCAGCAGCUCGACCGGGAGCAUCGUGCAGGGCAGCCCCCAAACCUCCUCAGGGAUGGAGGGGACGGUCGGGGAGAAGGAAUGACAACCUGCCCGGGUUUGCACACAACUACCAAGAACGGAAGGACACAGAGGCGGCCACUGUCCCGAGGCUUCUCGACAGAUGGGAAGGGGCUAUGGCCGCUGGCAUUGGAUCCCCACUGGCAUCACAGUGUGGGUGGGCCUCGUGUGGCAUCUUGGAGGGGCUUCACCUCUCCUCAAGCCCUAGUGCAUGCCAGCAGCCAUCUGGGGCCCUGGGAAAAAUGUGCAGGUCUCGAGCUCAGCCGCUCAAGCCGCAGGCCCCUGGCUCAAAGACACAGACAGGGUGUGAGCACUGCUCUGGGCAUCAGACCAAAGCCUGGGCACACCCUGCCCUCUCCCCCCCCGAGCAGGGUGCCUGCUGAGGACGGGCCUAGAGCAAGCGCUGGAAAGCAGGCCCUGCCAUGCGCCCGCACACCCACUGCCAGGACCCUCUCAGACAAGUGUGGCACAGCUGUGCCAACCUUCCCUCUGGUGAACCAAAUGGCAGCCCCAGGGGCCUGGCCCGCAGGUCACAGCUACACAAGAGUCUGGCAGAAGCCACGCCUGUUCGCCAUGUACCUCUGGAGAAGCAGAAACCAAAGUCCCCCCGUGCCCCGGGAGGGUGGGGUCCUCUAAUUAAUUAGUGCCCAACAUUCCUUCUCACGGGAAGUAGAUGGGCGACUGCUUUGUUCACACACGUUUGAUUAAAAACAUCUGCCCAGCCA